UCAGGGGCCGCCAUUGUUCCACCGGUAAGACACAGGUGUGGGUCCCCGGCACCAUGAGCAAACGCAAGGCCCCGCAGGAGACCCUCAACGGCGGCAUCACGGACAUGCUCGUGGAACUCGCAAACUUUGAGAAGAACGUGAGCCAGGCGAUCCACAAGUACAAUGCAUACAGAAAAGCAGCAUCUGUGAUAGCAAAGUACCCCCACAAAAUCAAGAGUGGAGCGGAAGCUAAGAAAUUGCCAGGAGUAGGAACAAAAAUUGCUGAAAAGAUUGAUGAAUUUUUAGCAACUGGAAAAUUGCGUAAGCUGGAAAAGAUUCGUCAGGAUGAUACAAGUUCAUCCAUCAAUUUCCUGACUCGAGUUACUGGCAUCGGGCCAUCUGCUGCAAGGAAGCUUGUAGAUGAAGGAAUUAAAACAUUAGAAGAUCUCAGGAAAAAUGAAGAUAAAUUGAACCACCAUCAACGAAUUGGGCUGAAAUAUUUUGAGGACUUUGAAAAGAGAAUUCCUCGUGAGGAGAUGCUGCAAAUGCAGGACAUUGUUCUUAAUGAGGUUAAAAAGCUGGAUCCCGAGUACAUCGCUACAGUCUGCGGCAGUUUCCGAAGAGGUGCAGAGUCCAGUGGAGAUAUGGAUGUUCUGCUGACCCACCCAAACUUCACGUCAGAAUCAAGCAAACAGCCAAAGUUGUUACAUCGUGUUGUGGAACAGUUACAAAAAGUCCGUUUCAUUACAGAUACUCUGUCAAAGGGUGAGACAAAGUUCAUGGGUGUUUGCCAGCUUCCCAGCGAGAACGAUGAAGACGAAUAUCCACACAGGAGAAUCGAUAUCAGGUUGAUCCCCAAAGAUCAGUACUACUGUGGUGUUCUCUACUUCACUGGAAGUGACAUCUUUAAUAAGAAUAUGAGAGCGCAUGCCCUGGAAAAGGGCUUCACAAUCAAUGAGUACACCAUCCGCCCCCUGGGGGUCACUGGGGUUGCUGGGGAGCCCCUUCCGGUGGACAGCGAGCAGGACAUUUUCGAUUACAUCCAGUGGCGCUACCGGGAGCCCAAGGACAGGAGUGAAUGACGCCUGCCCCACCCCAGGCCUAUCCCACGAGGAGUCCUAAGUUAUUGCUUAACCUUUGCUAUGUAAGGGUUGGGUGAUUUAGGUGAUUGCCUCUUCUCUGUGCUUCCCAUGGACUAUCGUCAAUGAACCUCUUGAACAACUAUUCAGUAUUUUCUUAGCACAUGUGUUUAAACUUGGUUAUGUUUGUGAUCACAGUACCAUGGUUUACUAAGAAAUGUAAGAGCCGAUGUGAUAGGCAGUGUUUAAUGACCUUUCACUUCCACCUCACAUUGCAGCCACAGUCGGCCCCACUUGUCCCUGUCCACCCUUUAUGGGUCAGCUGCUCUCCCAGAGCUUUCUUCAGAAGUCGCUUCAGGAUCCUUAGAAACAAGGGGCUUCCAGGCAUGGUGGUGCACAUCCUUAAUCCCAGGACUUGGGAGGCAGAGACAGGCAGAUCUCUGUGAGUUCAAGGCCAGCCCAGAGUACAUACUGAAUUCCAGGGUGCCAGAGCUACAUAGUGAGGCCCUAUCUAAAAAGAAAGGGGCCUUCAUAGCUGAAGGACUUUCUGUGACCAUUUCCCAUUUGCAGUGUAGACUGAUAACUAGAAGACAGUGUGUGCUUUACCUCAGCAGCCUUCCCCUCACAGCUCAAUGGCACCUAACUACCUUCAUCAGUUCGUCUGGUGGACAGUCCACUGUUUAUCAAAUAACAUUCUGUACACGAACAUAGAACUUCACGUUUUAAGAAAGAUUUAUUUGAGCAGAUUGA